AUGAUAGCGAAACAUUCCUUAUUAAAAUCAAUCUUUGCAACAAAAUCGUUCUCUCAAACAAAUAAGGCGUUGAAAUACGCCACCACCGAACAUAGAGAAAGCAGAGUUAUAACCCAGAAAAAACUGACGAAGCUGAACCGGUUCAAAGACGACCACAUAAAUUCUCAAGUAAACCAUCCAUUAGCAAAGAGGAAACCCAUUUCAGCAUUUUCAAAGCAGCACCCUUCGAAUAUCGAUGACAAAGACACAUAUGCCAUCAGUUACAAACGGCCAGUGAAGCCUCUGGCUCCGCGGUACACUAUUCCUGUUGAAGCAGUGAACAAUUUACAUAUUCCGUUUGACUCUCCGACUGGAAGUAGAUUCUGUGAAACAAUCUGAGUCGGGCCUCCAAAUGCAGGCAAAAGCACCAUCAUCAACUCAUUCGUCGGGAGUGACUUGUCAGCAGUGAGCGACAAAACAGGGACCACAGACGAGAUCAGAGACUUUUACUUCACUAAAGGCAUUACUCAAGUCCGGUUGAGAGACACUCCUGGAGUCAUUACAGCCAACCGGCUUCCGAAGAGCAGUCAUUUAGAAACAAAGUGCUGGGAAGCUAUUCCAGAAGCUGAUUUGACAGUAUUCAUUGUUGACUCUGUAAAGAGCAUGGACAACACCGUCAAGAAAGCAGUCCACAGACUCAGCCAGAUGAGAGUGGAUCUGAAACAAAAAGAACUUCUUCACAGAAUGGAGUCCAAAGACUUCGAGUUCUCAAGUGUCGAUGACAGUCAUUACGAAAGCGAUGAGCCAAGAAUUGCUCCAGUAAACUCGAUCCUUGUCAUGAACAAAGUCGACCUCGUUUCGAAUCGAAGGAGGUUCAAUUACAUCAAGCAAGAACUCCAGGACAUUGGAAACUUCGACUAUGUGUUCCAUCUGAGUGCAUUGACAGGGUACGGAAUGGAAGAGUUGUCUGAAUACAUUGUCUCCCAAGCAACAAGAAGAGACUGGAAAGCCCAUCCUGAAGUGAAGUCAGACCAAACAGAAAUUGACAUUGUUCAAGAAGUAAUGAAGCAAGCAGUUUACAAAAGUUAUUUUUACGAAGUUCCGUAUCAAAUUGGAGUUGACUGCAUAGGGUGGGUUCCUAAAACAAAUGGAGAGCUUCUCGUUGACUACAAGUUGCAUGUACCCAAGAACAGUGUAAAAUAAAAUUGUCAUCGGAAGGAAAGGAAGAAUAAUCAAAGGAUUAAGACAAGAAGUAGAAGCGGAACUAUCAAAGCACUAUCAGAAACCUGUACAAGUUUGAAUACAAGUUGUACUCGAGAGAAAUUAUGCAAUACCUUCAAUUGUUUCAAGGUAA